AUGUGCUUCUCUCUCUUGCAACUUCCUAGAUGCAGAGUUCACUCCAUAGGUAAUUCCCUGUGGGAUAGUUACUACAAGUUAGGUAGAACAACCGGUAGCAGUUCAUGUUACAGUGUUCUUUGUUCGAAAAACCACGACCUGGAACGUGAGUCCGUCAGGUGGACCAGACGAACCAUAAAAACUAAUGAAUCAGGAGCCAAUGACAGCUCGAUUAGCAACAAGAGUCACAUGCAUGAGAUCAUUCCCGAGAUAUGCCGUGAGUCAAAAAGCUUCAACUCAGAAACUACCAAGGAACAGAGGAGCAGGAAAGUAGGUAUUAGAAACAAGAUCACUGAGAUUACAAACACUAACUUUAGUAGGUAUAAAAAACAAACAAAGGAAGUAGAAUCUGAUGAGUAUUACAUGGAGUUGGCCAAACUAGCAACCGUCAUUUGCUUCGAUAUUGAGACGACUGGGUUCAGCAGGGAAAGGGACAGGAUCAUUGAGUUUGCAUGCCAAGAUCUUAGAGGAGGUGAAAACAGCACCUUCCAAACACUAGUAAAUCCGGAGCGCGAUGUGCCUAACGAGGAUAUUCACGGGAUCUCGAGCCGAAUGGUUAACAGACGCGACGUGCCUAGGAUGAAGGAAUUUAUUCCUAUCUUGUUGCGGUAUGUUCAAAGUCGUCAGCUACCUGGUGGAGUUGUGGUUUUUGUAUCUCAUAAUGCCCGCACUUUUGAUGUACCCUUUCUGAAGAAUGGGUUUAUUCGAUGUUCUUAUGAGAUUCCCCAAGACUGGCUUUUUGCUGACACCCUUCCUUUGGCUCGUUCCGUCAUGAAGUUGAAAGGAUCGAAAGAUCCUCCAAAAACAUCACUUCAAGCACUCCGGGAACAUUAUGGCAUUCCAUUGAUUGGGCCGGCUCAUAGAGCCCUAUCGGAUGUACACUCGCUGGCACUUAUUCUCCAGAGGUUAACAUAUGAUCUCAAGCUACCGAUGUGGGGCCUCAUUCAAGGGUCCUUUAGGUAG